CAUGCCCUAAGUUUGAAAAUUUUAACCUCGAUAAUAUUGAGAUUGAGUUUGAGUUAGGGCGAAAUAGUCCAAAGAUAGCUUAGGCUCGAACUCUGCUUGACUCAAAUCUCAUUAACAUCUUUUAUGCACACGAUCCAAACAGCUCAUUUGUCACCUCCAGCCUUAAGUAUGAACACCAAAUCUCCUCUGAAAAUUACUACUUCAAUUCAUUUCACAUGCAUUAAUCUUCUAAAAAGGCUCUAUUGAAAGAUUCAGCCAUAAGAAUCCAUCCAAAGAUAUAACGCGGAGUCAAGAGUAUAUAAGUAGGGGUUGUUGGAGUACCAACCAGUCAUACUCAGUUACUCCUACUUCAUAUUCAAUUAAUUCAAAUAGGUCCAUCCCAAAAAAAAAAAAAACACAGUAUAGUUUCGUUUCUUUUAAACCUCUCUAUGAACCAAACGUCCCCUAAAAUUUCUUGUUUAUUUUCCUUCUUUACAAACAAAACACAAUAACCCUUCAAUAUUUUUCUACUUGUUAACACUUACUACGAAAAUUUAGGAGAAAGAAUAGAACAAACCCACUUUGAAAAAACCAACCCAAAAAAGAAAAGAAUUAUGGAUGUGACAUUUGAGACACAAAAAGGAGAGAAAUUCACCAUUGAAAUAGGCUAUUUUGACACAGUCUUAGAAAUUAAGGAGAAGAUUCAGAAAUACAGAGAAAUACCCAUUUCUAAUCAAACUCUUAUUUUUAAUGGCAAAAUUCUUGAAGAUAAUGGUGAUGUUUCAUCUUGUGUUAUUCUUCAUAAUUCUUAUAUGCACCUCAUUGUUGCAAACCACCUUGAAAAGCCAAAAUCACCUGAAAAACUCAAAAUAAUGAAUGAAGAUUUUCAUUCUUUUUCCAAGAAAAUCAGACUUUUUCUUAAAUUACCCAUUUCUAAUUCUCAACAUCACCAAAGACUUUCUAUUGAGGUUGAUUUGUGUGAUUCUGUUGCGCAGUUGAAGGAGAAUCUCUACCAAAUUGAAGGUUUUCCUAAACGUCCAUUAACAUUGUACGUGAAGGGGAUUAUUGAGCUGCAGGAUAACAGACAUUUACGCGAAUAUGAGCUCACAGACGGAUCUGAGAUCGAUAUUUUGAUUAAGCCAUCCUCAGUGCCUACACCUUCUGGCAUGACGAACACAAUCUCGAACACGAGUGCAAAGAAAUUGAAAGUCAUCGUGCUAUCAAAGUGUGAAACUAAGAAGCUGAUUGUGGAUGUUAAUCCCAUGGAUAGAGUUCAGGUUUUAAGGAAUGAGCUGGAAAAGCUACAACAGAAGGUGAACUUUCAGCUUCCACCUGAAGGUUAUUUCUUCAUCUACAAUCAGAACGUGAUGGAGGAGAAGGAGACGUUUCACUGGCAUAAUGUUCGUCAGGGUGAUACUAUCGACAUCUUCAAUGGCAGUGUCACCGGUGGAUCAUGAAAACCCAGCUAUUAGAGUGCAUUCAAGCGCCAAAAACAUUUACUUGGUAGUGAAGAAGAUUGCGAAAAGAUGCAUGCCACCUACUACGACAAAACAACUACCAAGGGUCGUCCCUUCACAACCUUAUUCACCACUGUAAAAGUUGUGUUUAGUGUUUUUUGAUUGCUAAGGCAAUUCAUAUAGAGCUUCUGCUCAACUUCUUUAGCAUUUUUGGUUGUUGCAGAGUAAUGAAGCUCGGAAAGGCUUCUAGAUCUGUUUUUGUUUGUGUAGAUUAGCCAACUUCUUGUUUCUUCUUAAAUAGGUCUAAUUUUACACAAAGUAAAGAAACCAUUUAGAACAAAGUGUUGCACAAUGAAUGAUACAACCUGAGUAUAAUUCAGACUUCAUAUCAAAAGAUUGAU